AUGAAGAAAGCCUUCUCCACACGCCGAGUACCACGCAAAAUCGGCCAGGAUGAAGAAGAUGAAGCGGUACCCGCGCAAUUCUCGGAUGCAAGCCAAAGUUCAGGUAAAUUCCUCGACUCUUCAAGCGUACAAGUCCAGCUCUGACAUUUCGGCCCAGCCUGCGACAUGCGCUGACUGCAUGUGAGUAGAUUCUGCGAUUCGAAGACCGACCGUGAAGCCGCGCAAAUCGUCUGCUCUUCGACAGUCUCGCGGCGGACCAUCCACCCUCGACGAUGAGGAGGAAUCGGAAGCGUCAGUUGUAACGCCCAAGCGCCAGAACAUCUCGCGCGUCGCAAUACAGCGCAAUGCCUCCAAGCGAUCUUCACUGCUAGCUUCACAACUACCCACGCGGGACACUGGUGACGAGGAUGAUCGCCCGAAUUACAGCGCCGCUUCUCUCCAGGAGCUCAAGAACAGCACGCCUUCUACACCACAGCAAUCUGGCUCUGCCGAAAACACCGACCUCGAACUGGUUUCUUUGGGUACUCAAUCUUUGGACAUAUCCUCCAAAUUCGGCAAAAGCUGGGUGCCGUAUGAAUCUGCUAUCCCGUCAGCCGCAGAGAUCGCGGAAAAGAAGGCUCGUCGCGCGAGGCUCGCCCAAGAACAGAAAGCUGAGGAGUACAUCUCUCUGGAUCCAGAUGAUCCUGACCUCGACGAAGACGACAAUGUGACGAAGGACGAGCAUGGAAGACUCAUCCUGAAACCCAAGGACAAGUACGGGCAGUCUGAGAGCAGACUGGUAGCGGACGAUGAAGAUGUCAUGGAGAACUUCGACGAUUUCACGGAAGAUGGAAAGAUUGCGCUUGGCCGCAGAGCUGAAGCAGAGGCGGCUCGUCGAAGAAAACAGGAAAUGGCCGCCCAGAUUGCGGAAGCAGAAGGCGCUUCUGAUUCUGAUUCAGAUGCUAGCGAGCGUGAUCGGAAUGCUGCUUUUGAGGCCGCGCAGACGAAACAUGGCACCUACGCGCAGAAUGCAGCGCCCCCUGAUCCUGCGGACCUGAGACCAAGAACGCCACCAAUUAUUACGCCACUGCCGACGUUGGACGGAGCGAUCGAGAGACUGCGCAAACAGGUUGCAGACAUGCAGAGCUCGCGCAUGCGGAAACUUCAGGAGAUGGAGAAUCUACAGCGUGAGAAGAUGCGGCUGGCGGAAGAAGAGGUCCGCAUUCAGCGCGCUCUGAAAGAGACUGCUGAGAAAUUUGAGCAGCUCAGGCGGGAGAAAGGCAUCACAGGCGAGAAUAAGUGCACCGCGCCGGCGAUCGAAGCGCCGCCAGAUACAGUCAACGGAUACGACCAGCAGAGACGAGACGACACAGGGGAUGAGGACAUGGUAGAUGAGAGUGACGGGGCAGAUGCAGAGGAAGCACCAGGAUUUGCUGGUCUCGGCUUUGGCAAUGCAAGACGAGGGCUUGGUGCAGGCCUCGGUUUUGGCCCACCAGCUGCCGACGAAAGUCACGACCACGUUGGAUGA